UUUUUCUCAUACUUCCAAAUAAUCCUCUUCAAGAUUCUAAGUGAUUUUUAAUGGAUUUGUGGCUGAAGGCACGGAGCUUCGCGGAGGAAGCUGCGAAGCGAUCACAGGAGUUCACUGUAGAAGUUGCUAAGCGUACACAGGAGCUCAGAAUUGGCUCCGCUAAGUUAUCCGACGUCGUUUCAGAGGCUUCCAAGCGUUCAAAGGAGAUUGCCGCCGAAGCUUCUAAGCGCUCUAAGGAGAUCGUUGCCGAAGCUUCUAAACGCGCCGAUCAGAUCAAGUUUCAAAUUCCCUCUGCCGCUGCACUCUCUAGCCUUGUGGAUUCCUCAACUUCCCCUCAAACUGCUUCGGCUAUUCCUACGCUGGCUGAUCUCGAAAAGUUUGGAGUCACUGACGACUUGAGAGAGUUCGUUAAGGGCAUCACUAGGGAUACAUUCCAGAAUUUUCAACUUCAAGAUGAGUCAGAGAUGUCUGAUAUUCCUACAGUCUCAAACAUUCGGCAGGAUCUUACAGAAUUUCAGGAAAAACAUGCAAAACUUGUUCUUUCAUCUGUCAAGGAAAUCUCAAAGUUGAGGUAUGAGAUAUGCCCACGCAUAAUGAGAGAGAGAAAGUUUUGGAGAAUCUACUUCAUUCUAGUUAACAGUCAUUUGGCACCGUAUGAAAAGAAAUACAUGGACGAAGAGAAAAUAAUAUCUGCUGAAAAGGCAAAUGUCGAGGAGGCAAAGGAUAUUUCAUCAGCAGGAACAACUUCUAAACCAAUGAUCGCGGCAACAACCCAGACAAACAAGAAGGCAGCCUCAUCAACUGCUGACCAGGAUUUGGAUGUUUUUCUUCUCGGAGAGGAAAGCGAUGAAGAGCCAGAUGAUGGGGAGAAUGCUUUUGACGAUGAUUUUGACAAGAUAUAGAUAG